CCCAGCUCGCCACUCCACCCCUGCUUGUGCCUUGCUUUGCCGAAUCCUCAAAAGCAAUCUCGCAAGGCUCCAGUGCCCGGCGAGCGGCGAGACAGCUCACUAAAGUAUUAUCUGCUGCCACUAUUAACCUGCCGUGCGGUGCCGACACCAAGCCUGCCAUCCCCGUAAGAUAGGGAGCCUGUGCACCGGAAGCUUUGCCAGCUAUUCCCUUCCCUCCCGGGCACGGUCCGCAUUCUUCUCUGCGUUCAGCUGGUGCGACCUUCAACCGCCGUGAAACACCUGCGAGAGUCCCUCUACCUCUCCUCUGCACUGCGAGCUUCCUCUCUGUAACCCCGCCCACAAUGACCUCCACCGAGCGCAUCGACCAGCCCGCCGAGGUUGCGAACAAGGUCCUGCGAAGAGCCCAGGUCUCAAAGAUGACCCGGACGCUGCAGAACCGCCUCGCUUUGGCCAAUGUCAAGAUCAAGCAUGGCUGGCAAGAUCUCAGUCUCGACAAUCUGGAGCCGCGGGUGGACAUGGAGCUCAAGCGAAAGCGGCCGGGCUCCAGCAAUGAGACCAUGUCGGAUGCUUCCAGCGUGUCUGAGCGCUUCUAUCAGAGUGGCGUGCUCGACUCCUCCCCGCUCGCCGCGCCCAUAUUCUCCGACGAUGUCAAGCGGUCUGGCAGCCGGUCUGGCAGCAGCCAUAGCCAGGGCAAGAGGCCGCGCUAUGCCCAAUCCUUUAACAAGUACCCCGGAACGAGCAAUCACACCCGCACCAAGGUGAGGACUUCGACUACGUCCGCAACCUCAUGGAAAAACAGCUUCCAACUGCCCGAAUCGUCGCCCGUAUACCACAGCAGACAUGCUCGCUUCGGACGCUCCCACAACCACAGCCUGUCUUUCGUCUCUGAAGCCUCCACCGUCCCCGACGACCCUCGAUCACCCCUUCUUUCCGAAGAUGACGACGAAGACCUUCCUAUAACCUCUUUCCAGCUCAAUAACUCACAUGUUCGCUCCUCCCCGCCACGAGCACCUCGCACACCGCCUCCAGCUGUUGCCCGUUCCGCUCGUCUUCGUCAGAACGGCUUCACUGCUGUCGGAGCGGCCCGAGAGGGACAUAAGGGAGACGAAGAUGCCAAUCUGCUCAUGUAUCUAGCUACUUCUCCAUCACCGGCCCAUCGCGGGUCAUCGAAACCCCGCAUCAUCGCUCCCUCCACACCUCCGCCGAAAUCUACACCUCUGCCGUCCUCCAUGAUGUCCACCCCUGGAGGCGGUGGAGCACCAUUCCCGGGCUUCGGGCUGCAGACGCCCUCCGCCAACCUCAACUUCGCCGAGUUCCUCAACAUGUCUCCCAGCCCAGCACAGGUAGGCGGCCCGUGGAACCGUACACCAGCAACGGCAAGGACGCCUGCUGCCGCCCGCGAGGCCCGACGCCGAUUGAACUUUGAUACCCUCCUUCCUCCCACAAGCGAUAGUCCCCGCAUCGGCGUGGACCGUGCCAGAAUCGGCAAGGUCGAGGGGCUCGGCAUGGAACUGGGCGGCGAGCUUGUCUCUUGA